UUAUUGGUGUUAUUGCCGUUAUUGGUGUUAUUGCCGUUAUUGGUGUUAUUGCCGUUAUUGGUGUUGUUGCAGUUAUUGGUGUUUUUGCCGUUAUUGGUGUUUUUGCCGUUAUUGGUGUUAUUGCCGUUAUUGCAGUUAUUGGUGUUAUUGCACUUAUUGCCGUUAGUGCAGUUAUUGGUGUUACUGCCGUUAUUGGUGUUAUUGCCGUUAUUGGUGUUAUUGGCGUUAUUGCAGUUAUCAGUGUUUUUGCCGUUAUCGGUGUUAUUGCCGUUAUCGGUGUUAUUGCCGUUAUUG